UCGAAACAGCUUUCCAUCUUUGGGAACAACCCGCACCCCCUUAAAAUCCAUACAUGAGUUCAGUUGCGGAAAUACAGAGCAACCUCUUGACCCGCGAGGGCGGGGUGACCGUUUCCGCAGGACCCGCCAUUGUAGGCUCGCAGGCAUUUGUAACCCAGUCACCGGUCAUAGUGUCAUCCAACUCAUCACCACACCAACGCACAUCGCCAGCGCAGCGGCAAGGUAAUGGGCGCGCCACGUUGAUGGACCUACCAAUCACCACGCAUUUCUGCUCGUCGUGCAAGAAGCGCAUGCCGUUCGAUGCCUUCCAACGCAGACAGAACGGCAGCCUGUACAAUACGUGCAUCAGCUGCCUGACAAAGACCAAGCAGCGCAAAGGACAGCAGGCCCGGGCUAGCUCUAAUGGUGCAUCACAGCAGCGUCAACAGCAGCAGCAACAGCCACAACAGCAACAGCAACAGCAACAAUCUCAACAGCAGCAGCAGCAGCAGCAGCCACAACAGGUAGCGGGGAUUAGCGUAAUGGGGGACGACUCUGUGCUGGCCGAUCAGCCGCGACACCAGUUAACACCUGAGGAGAUAGCGCUGUCAUCGACCACUGCCGCAGCCAUCCAACAAGAUGGGCUUGUUGCCGCCGCCGCGAUUGCUGCAGCUGCAGCCGCCAACACCCACACAGUGCAGGCGCUUCAGAGAGCUGGCCUCUCAAUGGACACGUCGCCCGCAACGACCACCACAGCAGGGUUUACAGCACAGCCCACGCAGCUUGCAUUUGCCCGAACCCCGUCCUCGCAUACUGACAGCGCCUACCGCGCCGCACGCGCAAUGGCCAAUAUCCCUGCCACCACGGCAACCGACGAACUGGGGAUCACGACAUCUGUCGGUGAAUCGUCGAUUAUGAGCGCCCAGCGGAUGCUCGGGCCCUCGCCAAAUACUGCAGCGAUCGCCGACUGGUCGUCUGGGUCGCCGCAACUAUCUGUGCCGCAGUCGCUGCCGCUGCGUCAGACGCUGUCGGCGCAGGCUACUAACUCGGCUUUCGGUAUGAUGUCCGGCUCUGCAGGCGAAGUGAACACACUGGGCGUCCCAUCGACCCCUGCUGGCCAGCCACCGGCAAAAAGGCUUCGGUCUUCGACCGCCAAUGCAGAGCAGCGAUCGCAGUCUCUGACGCAGCAGCAGCAGCAGGCAGUGUUACUCAGCUCAGUUACUGCUAAUGGUGCAUCGCCAGAGGCAUCUGGUUUGCCGUUUGGGCGUCGCGACUCGCUGGGUACAAGUGGGCUUAUUCUGCCAGACGCGUAUGUGCAGCUCGAGUACCAGCGGCUGGAGCUGGAGCGGCAGCGACUGGCCCUGGACCAGGAGCGGUGGCGCGAGGAGCGAGCCGAGCGGAUACGGUGGGAGACCAUGUACAGAGAGCAGUGGCAGGAGGACCGCGAGGAGCGCCGGGCAUUCCGUGAGCGUGAGCAGCAUAUCUGGAAGAUCCUGCUGUCCGUACGUAGUGGCACCGACAUUAAUGGCAUCGCCCAGAGUAUGUAAUUUGUUACUGUUAUUUUUGCGUCUUUACUCCUAAUUAACUUUAUAUGUGCG